CUUCCUCGAAAACCUCUAACCAACAUGACGAUUAUGUCCCUCGUCCUCCUCUUCCUCUUCCUCUUCCUCUUCCUCUUCUCCAGCACCCUCACUGCUGCACCGUCCCCUGCAGCAGCUCCCCUGCUGCAGGGGACCGCGGCCAGCCCAGCGCCAGCUGGCGCAGGGCCGCCCAACGUGAUCUCCAUCCUCAACAAGGACGGAAGAUUCACUGUGUUCGCCAAGCUGCUUCAGAGCACUAAAGUCGACGCCAGCCUCGACUCGCAGCUCGUCGACUCCAACAACGGCCUCACAGUCUUCGCCCCGACCGACCUCGCGUUCUCGAACCUCAAGACCGGGACGCUCAACUCGUUCACCGACGAGCAGAAGAUGGAGCUAGUGCGGUUCCACGUCCUCCCCACCCACAUAUCGGCCUCGCAGUUUGAGACAGUUAGCAACCCGAUUAGCACGCAGGCCGGUGGAAGCCCGGAUCUGCUGGCGAUGAACGUGACCGCGGCCGGGAGCUCGGUGAACAUCACGACCGGGGAGACGAACACGACCGCUUUGGAGUUGAUUGUUUUCAAGCGGGAGAUUAUUGGAGUGGUGGGAGUGGUGGCCACGGUGACAAGGCGAAAGGCGACCGUACGCGUCGUUCUUGGACUCGACGUGAGGAGCAGGCAGAUGAAGUUCCUGUGCAAAUCGAUUUGCCAAAGUAUGGUGGUCUUCCUCAACUGCCGCUGUGCAGAUGCCAAAGAAAAGUGA